AUGGCGCUUUGUUCGCGAACCCCUUGCGUCGUGUCGGGCCCCAAUGCGAACGCCAAGCAGCCGAUGGAGGAGGCCGAUGCGCACUGCGUUCCUGCGCCUCGUGUUCCUGCUUGUACGCUCGGCAGCGGCUACGUUGCAAAGCAAAGCGGCACGAAAGCAACGGAAGCGCAGACCGGCGAAUCCAGAAGCGGAGGAUUGGAUCCAUCACAGUGGCUGCAUUCCGCUGGCAUGGCCCUGUUGGCUCUUUCCUUUGCUGCUCGACCAUCACCAUCAUCGCACACGCAAGCUGCUCCUCGUUUGUCUUCGCACAAUCAACCAUCACAGAAGCAAUCUUCUGGCACGCCCUCAUCUCCAAAACCAAACACGGUGCGGCUGGACCGACUCGUAUUCGCACAUACCCAACACGUCCCGCCAGGCAUGUCGUUGUUGAUACGCUGGCUCGGCGCGCUUCUUGCGCUGCUCGCCACCUUGGCCGCCGUCUCCCUCGCCGGCCCGAUGCCCGCAUUCGACCCGGCAGUGCUCUCGCUCACCGAAGGCAACUUUACCAGCUGCACCGACAAGGGCAUGUGGCUCGUCGAGUUCUUCUCGCCCUACUGCCCGCACUGCAAGAGGCUCGCACCCACCUGGCGCGACCUCGCCGACGCCGAACGCCAUCUCCAAGACUCGUCGGACUUCCACAUGGCACGCGUCAACUGCAUCGCGCAGGGCGACUUGUGCUCGCGCAACAACAUCCUCGGUUACCCGUCCAUCGAGCUCUUCCGCGACGGCACCUGGGCAGAGACCUACGAGGGAGACCGCUCCUUUGACGAUCUCGACGCCUACAUCCAGGCGAGGGCGGCGGACAAUCGCAAACUCAUCGCGCUCACACAGAGGUUUUCCAGCUAG